AUGCUUUUCGAAUUGCUUUGUCGUGUUCAAAAUACUGAGGCAUUAAAGAAAGCUACUGAACUCUUUCGUCGUAUUCCAUUAAGUUAUUUUUCCAAUUCAACUGGUGAUACAAAUAUUGAUCCUGAGUUUUUAUCAACAGUUAUUUAUUAUCAUAUACAAAAUGCAAAUGAUGCAGAUGAAUGGGAGUAUUUAUGGAAAAAUUUUACUGAAAAUUUAAGUAUAACAUCACAACAACGUAUUACUUUUUUACGAGCUCUUGGUGCAGCAAAAGAAAUUUGGCGUCUUAAAUCUUUAUUGGAAAUUGCUGCUGAUAUAAAUUCAGAUGUAAUAGAAACACAAGAAUUUUUUGAUCUAGUUAUUUCAAUAAGUCAAAAUCCAAAUGGGCGUGAUGUUGUUUGGAAUUUUUAUCGUCAUAAUUAUCUAGCUUUACUCUAUAGAUUUGGUAGAACCAAUCGUUUAUUUAAUCAAUUAAUUGCAAAUAUUGCUCAAUCAUUUGAAAAUUCAUAUUAUUAUCACGAGAUGAUUACUUUUAUUAAUCAAAAUCCAAGUCCAUCACAAUUUCAACAAUUAGCUGUUGAUCAAAUUUCAAUGAACUUCGAAUGGCUUAUCAAUGGCAUGACUAAAGCUCUUGAUGAUGCUAUAUCAGCUGCGGAUAAGAGUGGUUCGAAAAACAAAAAUUAA